UGUGGAUAGUGAGGGGAGCUGUUGGAGGUUACAGUGGGGCAUCGAUAGGGUGCAAAACUAGGCUGGUUAACCAAUCCCCGAGCCUUACGACUGACUCCAAGCUCGAUCAAGAGGUGAAGGACAGUCUUCUUUAUGAUACACUCUGCAUGAUUAACCUCGCAGCUUGUGACCGGCGGAAAGUUAUGGAGGAAGAGAGGCAGCGAACGAACGAACGGCUGCUUAACAUCAGCCGGUCGCAGGAGUACAGACCAGCCAAGUGCUAGAGGUUGUCCCUAGCCCAAGCCAGGCCGCAGGCAGCGGGGAGGAGAAUGUGGGCCCCAGCUCUGAGUUGUCUCCAGGCAGAGCAGAUGCCGAGCAGGAGCGGGCUUCCGAACAGAACGCCGACAGCUCAGAACACGGCUCGCCGCUCCGGAACCGAGCCCCAGCAGAGCAGGGAGAACCCGACCAGAGGCAGCUGCAGGCGGAGGUUCCCUCGGAGAUCGCUGCUGAAGUACAAGGCGGGACUGCUGGGAGCGGAGCGGAGAACCAGCCGGAGGCAACUAUCCAAGAGCUGGAAGCUCACUCUGGGGCCCAGGCAGUCGAGGAAGAGAGUCCAAACCACCAGACGUCUUCCGAAACCAGCUCCCAGAUUUUAUCGGGGUCUCCAAGAUCUCCAAUUCCAACCAGAGACCUGUCACCAGCCUCAGGCUCGAGCAGAGGCCCAAGACCAGAGCCUGCGAGAGGCCCAAGACCAGAGCCUGCGAGAGACCCAAGACCAGAGCCUGCGAGAGGCCCAAGACCAGAGCCUGCCAGAGGCCCAAGACCAGAGCCUGCGAGAGGCCCAAGACCAAGGAUGGUUACCGGCCCAGGGGCUGCUCCAGAAGGAGUUCCAAGACCAGCCCCUCCAGGAACUCCAUCAUCAGCCUGAGAUGGAAGAAGGGGCUUGUGACCAGGUUCAUAAAGAGGUCUGUGAAUGUGGCCAAGCAGAGGCCCAACAUCAGGAUCGCGAUGAGUGUGGGCUUGUAUCGGGGUGCAUUACACAGCAUCUACGCAGACGUGAGUUCACAGUUUGGUCGGCCCUACUGCGGUUCCCCAAGACGGACGUGAUGCGUGUGUCUUCAAAGUACGGAGAAGGGUUUGCUGAACUCUGGGAGAAAACAGAAUUCCACAAGACAGUGGUUGCGAGUGGUGACUUACAAAUAAAAAGACAAAAUCAGCAAAAGGCGUGGAUGUGAAACAUGAUCCCAGUGGAUAUCACUGAGCGCUUCUGUAAUCACCAGCUGUCAAGAAUUAAA